AUGGCCACUCACCGGCCCCGCUGCGCCACGCCGUCGCCCCCUGCUACCUGCGCCGCCGCCCGGCUCGCGCACGCGCUCGCCCCCCCCGCGCUCGGGCUUCCCCGCUGCUCGCCUCGGGCCUCUGUCGCGGCACCUCCCCUGGUCGCCGCCCGGCGCCCCGCCGCGCUUGCUCCGGCCGGCCAUGCCCGCCGGGCCGCGUCGGCUCCGCCCACCGUUGCCACGGCUUGCCCCCACCGCGCCUCGCCGGCGCCCGCUGGCGCAUCCCCUCGCCCGUGGCCUCGGGCAUGGGCGCCCACGCCCACGCCCGUGCGGCCGCGCCCGUAA